GCAACAAAGUAGCGCAGGGAAGCGGUGAGAAUGGAGCGCAUGAAUCUCCUGGAAUAACAACCUCUCCUAACUAUUUUGAAACUUCGAGAACUGAAGAAAACAAUCAUGGAUACAAGCAUUCGGGGGUUCUUGCUGCUGUAUUCACUCGUUACAAGCGUUGGAGCCCAAUUCCCAGCCGGUGGUUGCACCUUCGAUGACGGUCCAGCCCAGUGCGAGUACUCACAGGACCCGUAUGACGACUUCGACUGGACACACGUCAGCGCCCAGGAGAUCCCCUACCUGUCCCCAGAGCUGCCCCAAGGCUCCUACAUGAUGGUGGACUCCUCGAUGCACGACGCCGGGGAGAAGGCUCGUCUGCAGCUGCCGGUCAUGAAGGAGAACGACACGCACUGCAUCGACUUCAACUAUCUGCUGUAUGCGCACGACGCCUCCUCCGGCCCCGGCACGCUCAACGUCCUGGUCAAGGUCAACAAGGGCCCGCUGGCCAACCCCAUCUGGAACGUCACCAGCCACACCGGCAAGGAGUGGCAACGCGCCGAGCUCGCCAUCAGCACCUUCUGGCCCAACGAGUACCAGGUCAUAUUCGAGGCGGAGGUCUCGGAUGGCAAGAGAGGCUUCAUAGCGAUUGAUGACAUCCAGGUUUUGAGCUAUCCAUGUGACCGCUCGCCUCACUUCCUGCGGCUGGGUGACGUGGAGGUGAACGCGGGACAGAACGCCACCUUCCAGUGCAUCGCCACCGUCAGGGAUGUCAAGAACAAACUCUGGCUGCAGAGGAGGAACGGCGAUGACAUCCCCGUGACUGAGACCAAGACCAUCAGCAACCGCCGGUUCGCGGCGUCCUUCAAGCUGAAGGAGGUGACCAACCAGGACCAAGAUCUCUACCGCUGCGUCACCCAAUCAGAACAGGGCUCUGGAGUGUCCAACUUCGCUGGGCUGAUAGUCAGAGAGCCCCCGCGGCCCAUCGCGCCCCCCCAGCUGCUGGGCGUGGGCCCCACCUACCUGCUGAUCCAGCUGAACGCCAACUCCAUCUUCGGCGACGGGCCCAUCAUCCUGAAGGAGGUGGAGUACCGCAUGACGUCGGGCACCUGGACCGAGACGCACGCCGUCAACUCGCCCAACUACAAGCUGUGGCACCUGGACCCGGACACCGAGUACGAGAUCCGCGUGCUGCUGACCCGGCCCGGCGAGGGCGGCACCGGCAAGCCCGGCCCAGCGCUCGUCACCAGGACCAAGUGCGCCGAGCCCAUGCGCACGCCCAAGAGCCUGAAGAUCGCGGAGAUCUCGUCGCGCUUCAUCGCGGUGGACUGGGAGUCGCUGGGCUACAACAUCACGCGCUGCCACACCUUCAACGUCACCAUCUGCUACCACUACCACUACCAGGCCGCUCCCGGCAACGCCAGCCGCGCCGACUGCCUGGACAUGGACCCCAAGGCGCCGCGCCACGUGGUGGCCAACCUGCCGCCCAACACCAACGUCAGCCUCAAGAUGAUCCUCACCAACCCCGAGGGGCGCAAGGAGAGCGACGAGACCGUCAUUCAGACAGAGGAGGACGUGCCGGGCGCGGUGCCCAGCCCCUCCGUGAAGGCCAAGGCGUUUGAGGAUCGUAUCUUCCUCUACUGGAAGGAGCCGCUGGAGCCAAACGGCAUCAUCACUCAGUAUGAGAUCAGCUGCGGCAGCGUGCGGUCGUUCGACACGUCGGUCCUGCUCCGCCCUCCACUGAUCGUCUCUCUGCCCUGGAACACCACCCACCACGUCUUCUCGCAGCUGCACCCCGGCACCACCUACCAGUUCACCGUCCGCGCCAGCACGGCCAAGGGCUUUGGGCCCCCCACCACCCUCAACGUCACCACCAACAUCUCAGCCCCCACCCUGCAGGAGUACGAGGUCAACGAGGCCUGCAUGAACGAGACGGCCACCACCAUCACCGUCCUCCUGAAGCCGGCGCAGGCCAAGGGAGCGCCCAUCAGUGCGUAUCAGAUCGUGGUUGAGGAGAUGAACCCCCACCGGUCGCGGCGCGAGGCCAACCCCAGCGACUGCUACCAGGUGCCCGUGUCCUACCAGAGCGCCUCCAGUGGCGGCCUGCCGUACUACUUCGCCGCCGAGCUCCCGCCCACCAAGCUGCUGGAGCCAAUGGGCUUCACCGUGGGCGACAACAAGACCUAUCGCGGCUUCUGGAACCCUCCGCUGGCGCCGCGCAAGAACUACCACAUCUACUUCCAGGCCGUGAGCAGUGUGGACAAGGAAACCAAAACUCAGUGUCUGCGACUGGCAACCAAAGCGGCGACGGAGGAGCCGGAGGUGAUCCCGGACCCGGCGCAGCAGACGGACCGCGUGGUGAAGAUCGCCGGCAUCAGCGCCGCCGUGCUCGUCUUCAUCCUCCUGGUGCUGGUGGCCAUCUUGCUCGUCAAGAAGAGGAGGAGCUACUAUUCUUACUCAUACUACCUGAAACUUGCAAAGAAGCGCAAGGACGCCACGGGCAGCACGCGUCAGGAGAUGACGCACAUGGUGAACGCCAUGGACCGAAGCUACGCUGACCAGAGCACGCUACACGCUGAGGACCCCAUGUCCGUCACCUUCAUGGACUCGCACAACUUCAGCAGCAACCGCUUGCCCAAUGACCCUCUCGUACCGACGGCUGUGCUAGUGCCCAUAACCGACGAGAACCACACGGCGGCGGCGGCUGCGGCGGCCGCGGCGGAGUCUAGCCGCCUGCUGGACGUGCCGCGCUACCACUGCGAGGGCACGGAGUCGCCCUACCAGACGGGCCAGCUGCAUCCGGCCAUCCGCGUGGCCGACCUGCUGCAGCACAUCAACCUGAUGAAGACGUCCGACAGCUACGGCUUCAAGGAGGAGUACGAGAGCUUUUUCGAGGGACAGUCGGCCUCCUGGGAUGUGGCUAAAAAGGAGACCAACAGAACCAAGAAUCGCUAUGGGAACAUCAUUGCCUACGAUCAUUCUAGAGUCAUACUGCAGCCAAUGGAAGACGACCCUUCCUCUGACUACAUAAACGCCAACUACAUUGACGGCUAUCAAAGACCCAGCCACUACAUUGCCACCCAAGGCCCAGUGCAUGAGACUGUGUACGACUUCUGGCGAAUGAUCUGGCAGGAACAGUCGGCCUGCAUCGUCAUGGUAACCAACCUGGUGGAAGUCGGACGGGUGAAAUGUUAUAAGUAUUGGCCAGACGACGCGGAGGUGUACGGGGAUUUCAAAGUGACGUUCGUGGAGGUGGAGCCGCUCGCCGAGUACGUGGUCCGGACCUUCACUCUGGAGAGGAGGGGCUUCAACGAGGUGCGUGAGGUGAAGCAGUUCCACUUCACCGGCUGGCCGGACCACGGGGUGCCGUACCACGCCACCGGGCUCCUCUCCUUCAUACGCCGCAUCAAGAUGUCCAACCCACCCACCGCCGGGCCCAUCGUGGUGCACUGCAGUGCUGGGGCGGGCAGGACGGGCUGCUAUAUCGUGAUUGACAUCAUGUUGGACAUGGCGGAGCGGGAGGGCGUGGUGGACAUCUACAACUGUGUCAAGGCACUGCGCUCACGUCGCAUCAACAUGGUCCAGACAGAGGAGCAGUACAUCUUCAUCCACGACGCCAUCUUGGAGGCCUGCCUGUGCGGGGACACGGCCAUUCCUGCCUGCGAGUACAAGGCCGCCUACUACGACAUGAUCCGGAUAGACUCGCAGAGCAACUCCUCGCACCUCAAGGAUGAGUUCCAGACCCUGAACUCGGUCACCCCCCAGCCCCAGCCCGAGGACUGCAGCAUCGCCCUGUUGCCACGCAACCACGAGAAGAACCGCUUCAUGGACAUGCUGCCUCCGGACCGCUGCCUGCCGUUCCUCAUCACCAUCGACGGGGAGAGCAGCAACUACAUCAACGCCGCGCUCAUGGACAGCUACAGACAGCCGGCAGCCUUCAUCGUGACACAGCACCCGCUGCCCAACACCGUCAAGGACUUCUGGAGGCUGGUGUACGACUACGGCUGCACGUCCUUAGUCAUGCUCAACGAGAUCGACCUGGCACAGGGGUGCCCCCAGUACUGGCCGGAGGAGGGCAUGUUGCGCUACGGGCCGGUGCAGGUGGAGUGCAUGUCCUGCUCCAUGGACUGUGACGUCAUCAGCCGCCUCUUCAGGAUAUGUAACCUGACCAGACCCCAGGAGGGCUACCUGAUGGUGCGGCAGUUCCAGUACCUGGGGUGGGCGGGGCAUCGGGAAGUUCCCGCCUCCAAGCGCUCCUUCCUGAAGCUGAUCCUACAGGUGGACAAGUGGCAGGACGAGUGCGAGGAGGGGGAGGGGCGCACCGUGGUACACUGCCUGAAUGGUGGAGGGCGCAGUGGGAUGUUCUGUGCCAUCAGCAUCGUGUGUGAGAUGAUCAAGAGGCAGAACGUGGUGGACGUGUUUCACGCCGUCAAGACGCUGCGGAACAGCAAGCCCAACAUGGUGGACAGUCCGGACCAGUAUCGCUUCUGCUAUGACCUUGCUCUGGAGUAUAUCGAGACGUCUUGAAGAGUGGUGUUGGACGACGAGUGAGGAGGAGAGGAGAGUGUGUUGAAGAUGACGACGUCUUGAGGAGAGUAGAGUGUGUUGAAGAUGACGACUUCUUCUCUUCAUGAGUUGCCAGCAGCAGCAGCAGUGGCACUGGAGUGUGUGUGUGUGUGUGUGUGUUUGCUGAUUACGACGUCAGGAGGAUGAGGAUUGGAGUGUGUUGCUGUGCAGCGCUCCUGUCGACUUGAAGACCCCCAUCCCUGCCCCCCCACCCCCCAAUGCCUCCUGGGCCUCAAUGCUUGGCUUAUUGUUCUGUUUUAUCAUUCAUCGUUUUGGAUUUUCUUCUUAAAACAGGGCCAUGGGCUCAUGUCAUUGGAUUGAUUGUUGUUGUUGUUUUUUUGGGGUCUUUUUUGUUUUUUUUGUUUAAAAGAGAUGUAAUUGUUGUAAAUGUACUGGGCGUGUGUGUGUAUGACGUGGGUGGCUUGUAUAUGUCUGCAUUGUACUCUGCCGUGUUGAGUGGCACCGGAUCAAGUGCUGGCCACGAGGCCUUUGUUUUUUGCUUCAUGUCUUUAUGGCAUUUUUUAGAACUUUAUUGUUUUUAUCUGUUUUUUUAUUAUUUUGUGCUGUUAAUUUGUUACGUUUUGUUCAUUUUUUUUCUCCCUGAUUUGUAAAGAAAAAAAAAGAAACUAUUUUCUGUGCAGCCAUUGUAAAGAGUAAUUCCAAUGCCAGUCAGUGUAUUGCAUGCUUUUAUUCUAUAUUGCCAUCAUUGUCCACCAACGAUAUAUAAUGAUAUCUAUCUAUAUCUAUAUUGAUAUCUACGAUAUAGUUACAUCACACAUGUGAAAAGAAAAAAAAGAAACCUGCGCUCUUUAUGGAUCAAUAAGUAAAUAAAUACUGUACGUGUGCUAACGUGUAACAUUGGCUUGGUAAUGUCGGUAAUGUCGUGCACUGAUGGCUGAACUUGUUUCUGUUUUUGUUUUGUAGCAGAUAUUAUGCAGAAGCCAAAGACUUGUGUACAUAUGUCUAUAUGGAGAAGCACAUUGUUUGUAUUUAUUGUAGUUUACUUUGUUUGCAUUCCUUUUUUGAAGGCUUAAAACAAUCAUUGUCAUUCCUUUUUGUUUACGUACGCUGAAUUAAAAUGUAUACAAUAAUUGUAGCUUCUUGUUUUAUAUAGUAGUUGUUUUUUUUAUUAUUGGUUUGGAUUUUAGUCAAGAACAAUUUUUUUUAUAUAAAUUUGGUUCUGUUUCAUGUUUUGUAUCCUUCCGCCUUGACGUUGCCGUGGUAAUGAUUGUGAAUUCUACCCGCUCGAGAAAAGGUUACAACAAGGUUGCCGCGGAGACCUUAGAAGAGUUUUUUCUUUUUUUUUUUUCUUUUGAAUGUUUUGACAGAUGUGUGAGGCUCCUUGUGGAGAGCAACACUGAGAAAUGGAGUAAAGUAUACAGUAUUAGGCAUGGCACAUGUGGACUAGAAGCCAAUGAAAUGCAAUGCACAGGCAGCAAACUAACUAAAGUAAAGGCAUGUAGGUAUUGGAACUGAACGCACACCUGAACUGAAGAAGAAGAGCAAAGAAAAAUCGAAGAGCAAAGAAAUUGGUUUUAUGUGAAGUUUCAAUCAUGUCUCAUCUUUUUUCAUCAUCUGUAGUAGUUGGCUUACUGGCUGUAUCUAUAAAAUAUUAAAAAAGUAUUUGAAUUAAAAAAAAGUACUGAAAA